GCAGUCAUAUGAUGGGAAGUGUUUUACCUGAACAACAGUGAAAUCCCUAGUGCUAAUGCAGCCGCCGGGGGUGGAACAGUUUAAUGUUAUCGUAGGCUGAAGACAUAUCUGCGCUAAACUGCGUGGCUUAGCUGCGUUGUAGCAUCACCGUGAGCGCACAGCCCGAGGAGCUAACAGGUGGGCUAACCCCUUUGCAGUCAUGCUGGCGGUAUUUGUCUUAGUCCUUGCUAUAGUUUGCCAAGCAUCGGCUCGGUAUACUGCGAACUGGACGAGUUUGGACGCUAGACCGCUUCCUUCGUGGUACGACGAGGCCAAGGUGGGGAUUUUUGUCCACUGGGGUGUGUUUUCUGUCCCCGGGUUUGGCAGCGAGUGGUUCUGGUGGCACUGGCAGGGGCAGCAGCCGCCGGAUCAGAAGUGUGUGAACUACAUGUCAAAGAACUACCCGCCCGGGUUCAGCUAUCCGGAGUUUGCUCCCCAAUUUCACGCUCAGUUCUUCGAGCCGGGGGACUGGGCGGACAUAUUCAAGGCUUCUGGGGCAAAAUAUGUCGUCCUAACUGCCAAACACCACGAAGGGUUUACUAACUGGUGGUCUCCAUACUCCUGGAACUGGAAUGCACUUGAUACUGGUCCUCACAGGGAUCUAGUGGGAGACCUGGGGGAGGCGGUGCGCAAAAGGUCCUUGCACUAUGGUCUCUAUAACUCACUGUAUGAGUGGUUCCACCCCCUCUACCUGAAGGACAAGAAGAAUGGGUUCAAAACACAGGAGUUUGUGAUGCAUAAACUACUACCAGAGCUUUACAACAUGGUUGUUAGGUACAGACCUGAGGUGAUCUGGUCUGAUGGGGACUGGGAAGCACCAGACACCUACUGGAACUCCACCGACUUCCUGGCCUGGCUCUACAAUGACAGCCCAGUCAAAGAUACUGUUGUGACCAAUGACAGAUGGGGAGUUGGCUGUGCCUGUAAACAUGGUGGCUACUAUAACUGUCAAGACAAAUAUACUCCGGGCCAGCUGCCCAAGCACAAGUGGGAGAAGUGCACAUCGGUAGACACGUUCUCAUGGGGUUACCGUCGAAACAUGAAGAUGAGUGAACUGAUGGACCUGCCCUCUAUCAUAGAGGAUCUGGUCCACACAGUGGCUCUGGGAGGUAACUACCUUUUGAAUGUGGGUCCCACACCUGAUGGGAUGAUCCCUGUGGUGUUUGAGGAGAGGCUCAGGGGUGUUGGAGCCUGGCUAGAGAUCAACGGGGAGGCCAUCUAUGCCUCCAAACCCUGGAGGAUCCAGACUGAGAACACCACUGUACCAAUCUGGUAUACAUCUAAAGGGACAACAGUUUAUGCCAUUAUGACAACCAAGCCCCCCAAACCCACAGUGCAACUACUGGGACCUAAAACAUCAACAACCACUAAGGUGACCUUGUUGGGGAAUCCAAAUCCCUUACCCUGGUCGCCAGUCUACCCCAAUGCUGGCCUCAUUGUCCUUCUACCUGAACUGCCCUACUCCUCCGGUCAAGCCUGGACACUCAAAUUGGAUGGUGUCCAGUGAGCCUUAAACCUCUACAAGGCUAAAUUGUGAGAUUUUUUUUAUUAUUGUUUCCAUGAUGUUUGUAUGAUAAGGGGAAACUUAUACACUAUGGUUGAGAGGACAACGCUUGUGUAAGUAUUUUUGCCAAAAUGAAAGAAUGAAACUCUCCUCUUCAGUGAUUCCUUUGUAGCUUCUUUUUUGGAGUGUUUGGAGUGUUGUUUGAAAAUGUACAGUUCACACCCAAAGCACUACUUAUUUUUUUACUAAAUGCAUUGAAAAUGCUUGAAUAAAAGAUGAUUUGUCUAAA